CACACAUUUCCUUUCACACCUCAGAGACCCCACUCUUCCUUUCUUCAUUAUCCUCUUCUUUUCUCAUUUCUCACUAGCCCUCAUUUCUUCAAUCAUACAUCAUGUAUGAAAUCUUGUUACCAACUUACACUUGCACCAAUUCAUGAUAACUACUAGUAAUAACCUUCACUUAUCACACAUAUCAUAUUAUAUAUGAUUUAUCUAAGUUUAACGUCACACCAUUCGAACAUGUCUUCUUCUUCUUCUUCUUUUGCUUCACCUUCAUGGCUUACUUCCCCCUUAUGUUCCUCUUUGGACAUAGAUUCAUCUUCCCCUUCAUCACAAUUCCUACUUCAGUGGCUAAGGUUCAUCUUCCUAUCUCCAUGUCCCCAACGACUUCUUCUUUCAGCCCUUGAUCUCAUCUUCUUGCUCUCUCUCUUAGCCUUCGCAGCUCACAAACUCUAUUCUCGGUUCACUUUCAAUACCAACUCCACCAUCACCAAACCCCUUCUGCAAGACAAAGACUCUGACUACAAAGUCACCUUGUGGUUCAAACUACCCUUCUUGGUAACCACCCUUUUGGCCACAGCUUACACGGUUCUAGCCAUCUUGGCCUUCACUCAAACCAACUUUGCUUCAUGGAAACUAAUAGAGGCACUGUUUCGGGUCUUUCAAGCAAUAGCCAACAUAGUGGUUGUGAUCCUAAUGGUUCACGAGAAGAAGUUCAAAGCUGCAAAGCACCCUUUAUCUCUGAGAAUCUAUUGGAUGGCGAACUUGGUGGUUUCAUGCUUGUUUGCUACUUCAGCCAUUGUUCGCUUGGUAACUGUUGAUGGAGCGAGGUUGGAGAUUAGUUUGAGAGUGGAUGAUGUAUUCUCGUUGGUCAAUCUUCCAUUAUCUGCGUUCCUUUUCUUGGUAGCAAUGAAAGGGUCAACGGGGAUUCAAGUGAUUAGAAUUUCUGAUGUAGUGAGAGCAUAUCAGUGCCUUUCCAAUGACAGAACUUUGAGUCCUUAUGCCUAUGCUUCGUUUUUGUCCAAAACAGUGUGGUUUUGGAUGAACCCUUUGCUGAAUAGAGGGUACAAAACACCCCUCAAGCUUGAAGAUGUGCCAUCUCUCCCUAUUGAAUUCCGAGCAGAAAAGAUGUCAGAACUUUUCCAAAGCAAUUGGCCAAAGCCAGAGGACAGCAGCAAGCACCCGGUUGGACUGACCUUGUUUAGAUCCUUCUGGAAGCACAUAGCCUUCACUGGCUUCCUUGCAGUUAUAAGGCUCGCGGUUAUGUACAUUGGUCCAAUGCUUAUUCAGAGUUUCGUUGACUUCACCUCAAGGGAAAACAGCACUCCCUAUGAAGGCCUUGUUCUGAUACUCAUCCUGUAUUUGGCAAAAUCAGUUGAGGUCCUCAGCGUGCACCAGUUCAAUUUCCACUCUCAGAAACUAGGCAUGCUCAUUCGCUCCAGCAUCAUCACUUCUGUGUACAAAAAGGGUUUGAGACUCUCAAGUUCUUCAAGGCAAACUCAUGGCACUGGCCAGAUUGUGAAUCACAUGGCUGUUGAUGCACAACAACUCUCAGAUUUGAUGAUGCAGUUUCACCCCAUAUGGUUGAUGCCACUGCAAGUAGCAGCAGCUUUAGGCCUUAUUUAUAACUAUGUUGGCUUGUCCGCGCUUGCAGCACUGCUUGGAACCACUUUGGUGUUUAUUUUCACUCUAUUUCGCACCAAGAAGAGCAACAGCUUCCAGUUCAGGAUAAUGACGAGCCGUGACUUGAGGAUGAAGGCAACGAAUGAGUUGCUCAACAACAUGCGUGUCAUCAAGUUCCAAGCGUGGGAAGAGUACUUUGGCAAUAAGAUUCAACAGUUUCGCGAAGCCGAACAUGGUUGGAUUGGAAAGUUCUUGUACUACUUUGCUGUUAACAUGGGGGUUCUGACCACUGCUCCUUUGUUGGUAACUGUUCUCACAUUUGGAACUGCUACCUUGUUGGGUGUUCCUUUGAAUGCUGGCACUGUGUUCACUAUUACUUCUGUGAUCAAGAUAUUGCAAGAGCCGGUGAGAACUUUUCCUCAGGCUCUUAUCUUGAUUUCCCAAGCGAUGAUUUCGCUUGGGAGGUUGGAUGAGUUCUUGAUGAGUAAGGAAAUGGAUGAGGGUGCAGUGCAAAGAGUGAGUGGCUGUGAUGGUCACUAUGCUGUGGAGAUAAAAGAUGGGAAAUUCUCGUGGGAUGAUGCAGAUGGGAGUGUGGCACUGAGAGUUGAAGAGUUGGAAAUCAAGAAAGGGGACCAUGCUGCUGUUGUGGGAACAGUUGGGUCAGGCAAGUCUUCGUUGUUGGCUUCUGUGUUGGGGGAAAUGUACAAGAUAUCAGGAAAGGUAAGCGUUUGUGGGUCAAUAGCCUAUGUAGCACAGACAUCAUGGAUUCAGAAUGCAACCAUCCAAGAAAACAUAUUGUUUGGUUUGCCUAUGAACAGAGAGAAGUACAAGGAAGCUUUAAGAGUGUGCUGCCUGGAAAAGGAUCUUGAAAUGAUGGAAUAUGGAGACCAGACUGAGAUUGGAGAACGGGGCAUUAACCUCAGUGGUGGCCAGAAGCAACGUGUACAACUUGCUAGAGCUGUAUACCAAGACUCUGACAUCUAUCUCCUUGACGAUGUAUUCAGUGCUGUUGAUGCACAAACUGGAUCAUCUAUUUUUAAGGAAUGUAUUAUGGGAGCUCUAAAAAAUAAGACCAUUUUACUUGUAACCCACCAAGUUGACUUCUUGCAUAACGUUGACUCUAUAAUGGUGAUGAAAGAGGGGGAAAUCGUGCAAAGUGGGAAGUAUGAUGAACUUCUCAAAGCAGGCCUGGAUUUCGGUGCACUUGUGGCUGCUCAUGAAUCCUCUAUGGAGAUUGCAGAGUCUAGAGACAAAGGUGAUGAUGAUACUGCCCAGUCUCCAAAACUUGCUCGCAUCCCUUCAAAAGAAAAGGAAAAGUCAACUGAAAAGCAACCUCAAGAUCAAUCUAAGUCAGACAAGGAUAAAGCAAAGCUCAUUGAAGAUGAGGAAAAAGAAACAGGCAGUGUGAACCUUAAAGUGUAUAAGCAUUACUUCACUGAAGCAUUUGGGUGGUGGGGUGUUGCACUGAUGCUAGCAAUGUCUUUAGCAUGGAUUUUAUCCUUCUUGGCUGGUGACUACUGGCUAGCAAUUGGAACUGCAGAAGAUUCUGUGUUUCCUCAUUCUACAUUCAUUAUUGUCUAUGCUAUCAUAGCAGCUGUUGUUUGUGUUGUGGUGAUGAUCAGAUCACUCUUAUUUACCUAUUGGGGUCUAAAGACAUCUCAAAGCUUCUUCACUGGAAUGCUUCAAAGCAUCCUGCAUGCACCUAUGUCAUUCUUUGACACCACUCCUUCUGGCAGAAUAUUGAGUCGUGUAUCUACUGAUAUACUUUGGGUUGAUAUAUCAAUUCCAAUGUUAACAAACUUUGUAAUGGUAGCGUACUUCUCAUUAGUCAGCAUCUUCUUUGUGACGUGCCAAAAUGCUUGGGAGACGAUCUUCCUCUUAAUUCCACUGUUCUGGCUCAACAACUGGUAUCGGAAAUAUUACCUUGCAUCAUCUCGGGAAUUGACUCGCCUUGAUUCUAUCACCAAAGCUCCUGUGAUUCAUCACUUUUCAGAAACCAUUGCUGGUGUUAUGACCAUCCGUGGCUUCAGAAAGCAGAACUUAUUUUCUCAAGAAAAUAUUGAUAGAGUCAAUGCUAGUCUGAGAAUGGAUUUCCACAACAAUGGUGCUAAUGAAUGGCUUGGCUUUCGCUUGGACUACCUGGGAGUGGUUUUCCUUUGCAUUUCCACUAUUUUCAUGAUCUUUUUGCCUAGUGCUAUUAUUAAGCCAGAAUAUGUUGGUUUAUCUUUGUCCUAUGGCCUGGCUCUCAGUAGUCUCUUGUCAUUAACCAUAACCAUGACUUGCUCUGUUGAGAACAAAAUGGUUUCAGUUGAGAGAAUAAAGCAGUUCACCAACCUUCCCUCAGAAGCUCCAUGGAAAAUUGCUGAUAGGUCUCCUCCUCAGAAUUGGCCUAGUCAAGGCAAUAUUGAGUUAAACAAUUUGCAGGUUCGGUAUCGUCCAAAUACUCCUCUAGUUCUCAAGGGAGUCUCUCUCAGCAUUCAAGGAGGAGAAAAGAUUGGUGUUGUUGGUCGUACAGGUAGUGGGAAAUCAACCCUCAUUCAGGUGCUAUUUAGGUUGAUUGAGCCUUCAGCUGGGAAAAUAAUCGUUGAUGGGAUCAACAUUUGCACUGUGGGCCUUCAUGAUCUGAGGUCUCGAUUUGGAAUCAUUCCUCAAGAGCCUGUCCUCUUUCAAGGAACAGUACGAAGCAACAUUGACCCCCUUGGACUGUAUUCAGAAGAAGAAAUUUGGAAGAGCCUUGAGCGCUGCCAACUGAAAGAUGUGGUGGCUGCAAAGCCUGAGAAACUUGAGGCUUCAGUGGUUGAUGGUGGAGACAACUGGAGUGUGGGGCAAAGGCAGCUUCUUUGCUUGGGAAGGAUCAUGCUAAAACGUAGCAAAAUACUAUUCAUGGAUGAGGCAACAGCAUCCGUUGAUUCACAAACUGAUGUUGUGAUACAAAAGAUCAUCCGUGAGGACUUUGCAGAUCGUACAAUUAUCAGCAUUGCUCACAGAAUACCAACGGUCAUGGAUUGUGACAGGGUUUUAGUCAUUGAUGCAGGCCUUGCAAAGGAAUUUGAUAGGCCAUCACGUUUGCUAGAAAGGCAUUCACUUUUUGGGGCAUUGGUUAAGGAGUACUCCAAUAGAUCAGCUUAAAUGGAUUCUAACAAGGACACAGUUGAUGUACUUAAUUUCCAACAUGCGGCACCAAAGUCAGAAGACACUGGUCUACUAUGCAUGGAAGAUCAAUAUUUUUUAGCAUUUUGAUGUUUCACCUAUCACCCUUUCAGUAGUUCAAUAUUAAUUAGACUAGGAUAUUAUGUAAGAAAAUUUUGAAGUUUUGGGUUUUAAAAAAUCCAGUUUGGCUGCAAUUAUUAGUUGAUUUUUUUUUUUUGUUUC